AUGAAUUUUAAAAAUUCAAAAAAAUUUAUUAAUAAAAACUGUUAUAAUUCUAAUAAUGCAACCAUUUACAACUUUCAUAAGACAAGAUUUUCGUUUCAUCGAAAUGAUUAUACUCAAAUCCAAAUUAGGACUCGUAAAACAAAAUCAAAUAAUAAUUCAUUAUAUUCAAAACUAUCUGGCUCUGGCCAAACUCCUAUAUUUAAAUAUUUUACCGAUCAUAUUUUGCCACAAAUCAAAUCCAGUAAAAUAGUACAACGUACCUUAGAAUUAACAAGGCCGAUAGAAUGGAAUGAACAGUUGUUCAAGGAAAUUUUGGCUAGUUUUAAGAAGACAAAGCAACUGAAACAAUUGAAAAAUUCCAAUAUUGAGAUUGGUAUUGAAUUACCAGAUCAUAAUGCAGUAGUAAAAAAUUUUGUUGAAACAAUUAGUAAAGGUGAAUUGGAUGGGUGUAAAAGUGAACAAUUAAAAGAAAUAUUUAUAGAAAAUGGUAAGGUGGGAGUAGAGAAAAUAUUGAAAUCUGCAUUUUUGGAAUUUUCACAAGAUUAUAUGUCGAAUGAACACAAGCAAAGAUACAACUCAUUGAAACAAUUAAGUGAUUUAAGUACGCCUAUAGAAUGGCACCCAGAGGCUAGGAGUAUGCAACGCAAAAUAAUAUUACACGUUGGACCUACAAAUUCAGGAAAAACAUAUAAUGCAUUAAAAUGUCUGGAGACAGCUAAAUCUGGAAUUUAUUGUGGGCCAUUAAGAUUACUUGCUAAUGAGAUCUUUGAUCGUAUGAAUAAUAAUGGAAUACCGUGUAAUUUAGUUACUGGCGAAGAAAGAAAAGAGUUGGAUGGAAUUUAUGUACCAUUGACUUCUUCAACUGUAGAAAUGGCUAAUUUAAAUAGACAAUUGGAUGUUGCUGUCAUAGACGAAAUUCAAAUGAUCAGUGAUCCUUUUAGAGGCUGGGCAUGGACACAAGCACUAUUAGGACUAAAAGCAAAAGAAAUACAUAUUUGUGGUGAACCAGCAGCUAUUAAUCUAAUAAAGUCGAUAUGUAAGAGUGUCAAUGAAGAGGUUGAAGUAAAGGAAUAUAAAAGAUUAUCAAAACUUGUCAUCUGUGACUAUUCUCUUAAAAAUAAUCUCAAAGGAAUACAAAAAGGAGAUUGUGUAGUGACCUUUUCAAGAAAAGAAAUAUUUGCACUUAAAAGAAAUAUUGAAAACACUACAGGAUUACGUUGUGCUGUUGCUUAUGGUGGCUUACCUCCUGGUAUAUCAACUGAAACAAGGACGUUACAAGCCAAAUUAUUUAAUGAUCCUGAUAGUGAAUAUGAUGUUUUGAUAGCAAGUGAUGCUGUUGGAAUGGUGUUUGAGACUGUCAGAAAAUUUAAUGGUACAGAUGUGCGUUUAGUAUCACCACCUCAAAUUAAACAAAUUGCUGGAAGAGCUGGUAGAUAUGGUACAACAAAUGCUGUUGGAGAAGUUACAGCAUUGGAUCCUCUCGAUUUACAAUAUAUUAAAAAAGCAAUGGAAAUGGCAGGAUUACAACCAACUAUGCAAAUGGUUGAAUUAUUUGCACAUCAAUUACCUGAUUUAAAGCAAUUUUCUGCACUUUUGGAAAAAUUUGAAUCAUUGGCACGUGUUGGUGGACAAUACUUUCUAUGUAAUUUUACAAAUCAAAAAUUGAUAGCAAAUUCUAUUGAACAUAUCCAUUUGACCAUACCAGAAAGAUUUAUAUUUGUUACAGCACCUAUAAAUACAAAUGAUUUGUAUCUUAUGAAAAAAGUUCAAAUGUUUGCUAGGUUACAUGGUGAGGGAAAAGAAGUUUUAUUAGAAGAUUUUGUUAGAAUUUCUGACAAGAUUCCAAGCAAUACAAUAGAACUAAAAGAACUUGAAUCAAAACAUAGAACUAUUAUGUUAUAUUUAUGGUUAACUUAUCGAUUACCUGAAACAUUUGUUGGAUCUGAUGUAGCUAAAGAGACAAAAUCUAAAUGUGAAGACUUGAUACAUGAAUCAUUACAGAGUCUUAAGUUUGCUAAAACACAUCAUAAAUGGUCAACAGGGCAAAGCAAGAAGACCACAACAA